AUGGGAUCGAUAAACAAGGCCAUUGCUCGAUACGAGACCACGGCUGUAUAUACCCAUCCAGAUGCUCUUGUUGAUAUCGUGCUUGUACACGGCUUGAAUGGCCACCCUGGAAAGACAUGGACAGCUAAGAACGGAAGGUUUUGGCCCACUGAUCUGCUGCCCAAGUCACUGAGGGAAGCGAAAGCAAACGUUCUUGUGUAUGGCUACAAUGCAGACGUCUAUACUGGAGGGAACGACAAUAGUGCCAGCGAUAACUUCAUUCAUCAACACGCCCAGACGUUGGUAACGAGUCUUACGUUGUAUCGAAAGAGUGAGGGAACAUUCAACAAUGCCAUCAUCUGGGUUUGCCACAGCCUGGGUGGAAUUCUCGUGAAGCGGGCUUUACUCUACUCUAACGACUUGCGGGCGGCACACCACGAAGAUUACCGCUCCAUAUUUGUGUCCACUUACGGCAUCAUGUUCUUGGGAACGCCUCACACGGGAUCUGAUGCAGCAUCAUGGGCUAUCGUGUUGCAGGCCAUGUCGGACGCUGUAAUACCUAGAAAGCUCUUCGAGUCCGAAUCUGUGCUGCUUCGGACGCUGAAGAAGGAUAACGAAACCUUGGAGAAUAUUAAUAACCACUUUCUAGACAUUUAUCAGCGGUUUCAAAUUCACAUGGUUCACGAGAAUCAUAAAACUGACAUUAAAGGGACCAAAAUCAUGGUUGUUGACCCUGGUUCGGCCAGUCCCCAGUUACCAGGCGUUAUUUACUACGGCGUCGAGGCUACGCACACCCAGCUUUGCAAAUUCGAGAACGCCAACUCUCCUGGCUUUCGUGCUCUGUCCACGGAUCUCCGGCAGUGGGUUCUCGUAGCACCGGAUGUUAUCGCCGUGAGGUGGGAUAUGGAGGAACAGGAAAAGGCCGCCCGCAUGAAGUACGAGGUGCAAGAGCGCAUGUCAGGAUGGGUGAGACUCAUGUGA